AUGUCGACUGGUUCCGCCGCCUCGCCUUCCGCCGCCGCUGCUCGGGCGGCCACUACGGCUGCUGAGGCCGAGGUGCUCGACUGGGCGCCGCCGUUGCCUGCGGACGUCCAGUCGGGCGACGAGGAGGAAGAGAUCAUCACCGGCUUCAUCUCGCCCGCCCCGGGCAUUUCUGGCGCCGCUGGCGGCACACAUGCUGCCACGCAGACUGAGGCGCAUGUCUUCAUUUCGACCUUUGCGGCAGGGGCGUCGGACGGUGAGCUCGCCGCAGCUGUGGGCGCCUUGUCCGCAGUCGACUUGGCUCGCCUUAUGGCGGCUUGCGCGGCGGCCCAGCCCACGGCUGGUCCCUCGACGCCGGCUAUUUCGUCUCCGUCCUCUUCGUCCGGGAUUACCCCACCGACGGGCACGACAUUGUCGGCUACGCCUCCGCCCUUGACGGCCCUCUCGGCAUCUUCGACCGCCCCGCCGGACGCAGGGCCCGCGGAGGCUUGGCUCGCCCCGCCUGGGGCUCAGUCGUCGGUGGUGCCCGGCCCGUCCGCCGCGGAGGCCCGGCAGUACUGGACCGACCAAGAGGCGAUGCACCAGGUCGCUGAGCCGGCGACGGCAGCCAACAUCGCCGUGCCGGAGGAUGACGACGCCGACCUGGAGGGCGAGUCCGGGCUGGACGCCUACCUCGCCGGCCUAUCGGGCGCCGUGCCCAAGGCCCCGCCAGACACGACUGUGCCUUUGCCGUUUGAGGCGUUGUGCCCUGCGGGCGCCUACGUGCGACCCAAGCGGGGGCUGGCACCUCCGCCCCCCCCGCCGCCUUCUUUAAAGAUCGCUCGCGGUUAUGUUCUUUACGAAACAUAUAUGUAUUUAAUAAAGAGCUGUAUCUGUUUAGCAAGAGGAUAUAUCCUGUUAUUAAGUAUGUAUAAAUGA